GCAAAAUAUCGGUACCCUGAGCCUGCAUCCACAGUAACACCACCCUGUCAUGGAGGAUUCUUCAGCAUGUGAAGACACCAAGAGUUGUCCUAGAGGUCACUGGAGACCCGCUGAGGAUGAAAAGCUCCGGCAACUUGUUGAACAAUAUGGUGCUCAGAAUUGGAAUUCAAUUGCUGAGAAGCUCCAAGGAAGAUCAGGGAAAAGUUGUCGGCUAAGGUGGUUCAACCAACUUGACCCCAGAAUUAACAGAAGACCAUUCUCGGAAGAGGAAGAAGAGAAGCUACUUGCAGCUCAUCGCAUUCAUGGGAACAAGUGGGCCCUCAUAGCGAGGCUUUUCCCUGGUCGAACAGAUAAUGCAGUGAAAAAUCACUGGCAUGUUAUAAUGGCAAGGAAACAAAGAGAACAAUCAAAGCUAAGUGGGAAGAGAAGCUUUCCAGAUAUUUAUAAUGACCAUUCCAACAGUUCCUCGUACAUUAACUUCCCCGAAAAGAGACCACAACCUCAAGACUCAGUAUUUAGGACGAGAAUUGGGUUAGAGAAUACGAGAUUCUUUGACUUCCGGAACCUGAAUAAAGUUGCUGAUACUCCUUCUAGUUCUUUGGCCUCUUGGAAUUUUGCAUCAGUGCCAACCACCACAAACAGUUCUUCUGUAGCAGAUUCAGUUAGAAAAGGAGGGAGAGAAUAUGUUAAUAGUCCUUAUAGAAUUUAUCCAAAUCCAACAACAUCCCUAGGAAGCUUUCGCGGUUCCACUACCCCAUUCUCUCUUCCAAACUACAAGAGGGUUGUUCCUAGUCCUUUUGGAUUCGUCGGUUCUUCUGAAGAUGCAAGGAUGAAGAGGGACUUGAUGAGUUUCUGUGAUAACUCAUCCACAUUAAAGAAUUUGAGGGCUUCUAUGGAGAAAGAGAAAGCAGAUAAUGAGUCCAAUGUUGAGCACAAAGAAGUUCCUUUCAUUGAUUUUCUUGGUGUGGGUGUCUCUUCAUCAUAAUAACUAGAGAGUAUUUAAUUAUUUAAUUUCCUAUAAAUAAAUAUUUAUAGUUUAGUUUACUAGUUUUUUACUCCAUUAUAAUUUAUAGCAAUUAGCAACUAGCAAUUUUAGUCUAUCUGGACGAGGCUCGCAUUUAUCAUGAGGCCUUUCAAUUCAGAUGUAAGGAUGCUGCCUCAUUUUCUUCUAUAGGUUGUGAUUAGAGUGAAAAUUUUCCAACUUUUUUUGUGCUUAUCUUUUUUUCUUGUCCCAUCUGAGGGAUAAGGCUUUCAGUGUGGAUCAGAUGAAGGGUAGUAACUCGUGUGAGGUACAUGUACAUUUGUUGCGCGUCGCUUGGAGCUCUCUAUGAG